CCCAUUAAUAACGCCCCCUUUACCGUCUGCCUCCCUGCCACGUGGACUGCCCCAACGUACAUGAAACCGGCGAGCGGUCGCGGUAUUUUCACGGAAAUGUAGUUCUGGAUGUUCCGGCUGACCGCGCGGCAUUCUAGGAACGGAUAUCCUGGGCUUUUCCCUGCGCAUGUGCAGUCACCCCCAUUUACCGGCUUCCGUCCUCCCAGGCUGUGCGGUUGCGCCGGGUUUGCCCUCAGGUGAGAGAGGCCUACUCCGCACGCCGGGAGGGAGAGGGGCGGGCUCGUUCCCAGAGGAAGGGACCACGACGUCUCGGGAACUCCCCGUUCACCCCAAGUGCCGACCCCGGCAGGAACGUAGACCUGGCAAAGACGGGUGGGUGUGGGCUCCAGGGGCCUAGAUGGGGCGAGUGUUGUCGGAAGAUGUUCCCUGCAGACUGGGGUGCGGGAGCUGACUGCAGCGGGAGCGGGGAAGAUCCAGGCCGGCGGGUAAUGCGCGUUUCCGUAUUGGAUACUGACCAUGAGCCCGGCACAAAGCGCGACCUGGCGUUGGACUUGGAAGCCAGAAAGACCGGAUAAAUUCCGCCUUUGUCACUUGGGCAUAAGUGAGGUUCUUAUCUGAAAAUAAGGAUAGUAGUUAAAAACUGCUUUGUGGCGUUGUUCAGAAAGAGGCCUAAAUCUCAACGUCUUUGGAACGUUCUUUGGAACGUCUUUGGAACGUUCAGCUCUUGUGUGGCAAGCAGGAGAGGAGCCCUGGGGACAGGAGCCCUGGGGACAGGAGUCCCACCUGGAAGAAAAGUUUAUCUGACAGGAACCAUAUUCACCAAAGCUUCAGAACAAAUGCAGAAGAACCCAGAAAGGAGUGGGUCCUGAUUUGUUCCACCAGAAGCAUUUUGUUAUUACCUUUUCCAGAAAGAGCCAGACUUGGUGAUGUCACCACAUCCAGAAGCCAUCACAGACUGUAUGACAGUGGAAACUGGUCCAGCUUGCAGAAGGUGGUGAGCUGGGGUUGGAAGAGAUUGGUGAUUGUCAGUCCGUACAAGAAAAGCCAAGCCAGAGCCAAGGAAAUUCAUUCUCCGUCCCUAAACAGCCCCCUAUUUUCUUCAUUCUUCACUUACUUUGCAGAUUCUGAGCCACUCUCUCAUUGUGUCCAUCAGAAGGGGCAUCUAGGGAUAUGCUGAGGCUUCCUUUAUCCUGAACAUAAAGAAUUACAAAAUGACAGUGUAGGAGUAGAUUUCUAUCUCUGACUCUUUUGAAACUUUUAAAAAACUGGAGCCUCAGAUGUAUGUCCCCUGGUCACCCAGGACAGAGCUAGGAGGAAAGCAGUGCUGUUCAUUCUGUCACACCUUAUCCUUCACAGUUGUCCGUACUCUCCCAACAGCAGAAAAUGGACACAACUCAGGCAUCAGUGUCAUUCAAGGACGUGACUGUGGAGUUCACCCAGGAGGAGUGGCAGCAAAUAGGUCCAAUUCAGAGGACCCUGUAUAGAGAUGUGAUGCUGGAGAACUACAACAACCUGGUCUCAGUGGGGAACUGCAUUUUCAAACCAGCAGUAAUCUUCAAAUUGGAGCAAGGAGAGGAGCCUUGGUUCUUAGAAGAAUUCUUAAACCAGAGCCACCAAGAAGAUUACAGAGAUGAUUACCUGAUCAAGAGGAACAAGAAAAUCAAAGACAACCACUUUCAGGAAGUAAUAUCCAUUGAUAAUAAACUAUUGACUGGAGAGGAAGAGGAAAUUUUGGGAAAACAGUUUAAUCUGCACAUAGCUCCUAUUUCAACAAAAAUGUCCUGUAAAUAUGACUCAUGGGGAGUAAAUUUGCAAAAUAUUUCCCAAUUUAUCAUUAAUAAUAGAAACUAUUCAACAAAAAAACCAGAUUGCUGUAGUGUAUGUAAAAAUUUGUCUUUCAAAAUUAAGUUUGAGAGAAAUCACACUGGAGAGAAGUUAUAUGAAUAUAAUAGAAGUGGGGAAGCUUUCAGUUAUAAGGAAAAUCCUCCUGAGAGUCAAAAGUGUCAAACGUUGGAGCAAGCUUUUAAAUAUAAUGAAAUUGGAAAAACCAUCUAUGAUGAGGCUGCCUGUGUUACACAUAAGAAUAUUCACACAGGAGAAAAAUCCUAUAAAAAUGAUGGAUUUAGGGGAAAAAAUGAAAAAACAACUGUCUUUAACUAUAAAACAACUGGGACAGGGGAGAAAUACCCUCAUCUUAACCAAUGUGGGAAAUCCUUCUGUGAGAAGUCAGCUCUCAAGGAAUACAAUAAAUUCAACAUGGCUGUGAAACAUGAAUGUAAUGCAAGUGGGAAUAAUUUCUACAGGAAGUCAUACUUCACUCAACCUCAGAUACCUGUCACAGAAGAGAACUCAUUAGUAUGUAAUGACAGAAGACAAACUGGGGAUAAAUCCUUUGAAUAUCAUGAAGAUAGGAAAUCCUACCACAUAUCAGCCCACAAAGUACGACAGCGAAGUCACUCUGAAGUAAAACCCUAUAAGUGUAAUGAAUGUGGUAAAUCUUUCUUUCAAAAAGGACAUCUCAUUCAACAUCAGAGAACUCACACAGGAGAGAAACCAUUUGAAUGUAAUGAAUGUGGAAAAACCUUCUCCCAGAAGUCACACCUCAGUACACAUCAGAGAAUUCACAGAGCAGAAAAACCCUAUAAGUGUAAUGAAUGUGGGAAAACAUUUGUCCAGAAGUCAACCCUCAGGGGACAUCAGAGAAUUCAUACAGGAGAGAAGCCUUAUAAAUGUAGUGAAUGUGGGAAAACUUUUGUUCAAAAGUCAACCCUCAGAGAUCAUCACAGAAUUCACACAGGAGAGAAAUCCUUUCAGUGUAAUGAAUGUGGGAAAACUUUUGGUCAGAAGUCAAACCUCAGAAUACAUCAGAGAACACAUAGUGGUGAGAAAACAUAUCAGUGUAACGAAUGUGAAAAAUCGUUCUGGCGAAAAGACCAUCUCAUUCAACAUCAGAAAACACACACAGGAGAGAAACCUUUUAAAUGUAAUGAAUGUGGGAAAACUUUUGCCCGGACAUCAACCCUUAGAGUGCAUCAAAGAAUUCAUACUGGGGAGAAACCAUUUAAAUGUAAUGAAUGUGGGAAAAAAUUUGUCCGGAAGGCAAUCCUUAAUGAUCAUCAGAGAAUUCAUACAGGAGAGAAACCUUUUCAGUGUAAUAAAUGUGGGAAAACUUUUGGCCAGAAAUCAAACCUCAGAAUACAUCAGAGAAUUCACAGUGGUGAAAUCUUAUAAAUGUAAUGAAUUUGGAACAUUGUCUAAGAAGUCAACCCUAAAUAUUUACCAGAGAAUUCAGGGAGGGAGGGAAAUCCUGUUGAUAUAAUAACUGUGGAAAAUCAUUGUGGCUGAAAGACCAAUCCAUUUGACUCCAGAAAAUCCACACAAGAGAGGAACCACAUACAUAUGAAUGUAGGAAAACCUUUAUCCAAAAAGCAACCUUGAAUAUAUAUCAGAGAAUGCACACAGGCUGAUACUCCUUUCAAGAUACUAUGGAAAGCCCUCUUGAAAGAAGCCAUGCCUUUUAAGAUAACUCACACAUAAUUGUCUGGGUCUCCCUUUCCUCCAAAUAGGGCUGGUGGACUUUGAAUGUUCAUGUUGUAUGCCGUAUCUAGUUCUGACAAAAGACCUCCCUGACAAACUACAGGGAUACUGUCAGAAUAAAACAGAGAUGACCCAAGACAACCUUGGGUAUCAUGCUUCAA